AUGGGUCGGCACCCGUGCUUAGACGACAAGUACAUCCCUCCGGGGCUCGAGCACAUCCUCCUGCAAGCACAGCAUCCGGACCGGACAUGGAACGCCGAAGCUCUCCAAGUAGCCGGCUCGAUUCUGCAAGAAGCCGUCGAAAGUGACCCGACCCAGGCUGCCUUGGAGCACGAAUGGGAAGCUCAUCUCUCACCCGUACCUCACCGUGUCGAUCGAGUGUUCAAGGCCAAAGUGCUCAGCGCGUUCUUGCGCAGGAAACGGGCCGAUGCUGUAAAGCUGCUGGAGCAGCGGAGGAGUGACAUCUCGGGAGCAACAAAGCGCGCAGUCCGUGGAUCUGAGAGCAGCCAAACGUCAUGUGUCACCAAAAGUCAAAAGCGCCGUGCACAGAAGAGACUGAGGCGGAAGUCGACGACGGGGCCGCCUAUCCAUUUCCCUCUGCCAUCACCCAGCGCCACUGUCUCCGAGCUCUCGUCGCCUCCCUCCACAUGCUAUGCUGCAUCUCCUCGUCCGACACACGAGGGGAUCAGCCCUGCAGACCCGGGCCUGAUCUCGGCAGACGGGGCAGUUGCAGUAGCUCCCGCCCCCACAAAGCGCAACGUCGGUCGGUCUCGAGGUCUAAAGCGAGACCGAACGCAGACAGCUCCAUGUUCGACGGACUCCGGGUCGAAGGCCCGACAAAGAGCUGUAUCAGCGCCGCCGUCGAGGCGUAUACCAGACCACUCGUCCUCGGGACGGUCCUUCAGCCCUCAGCGCAACCAUCGUCUUCCGGCAACCGUUGGAACAGCAACUCGACAGGCGGUCCACGACGAUGAGGGGCACUCGAUGUCGCAGAACAAGAAGCUUCGUAGGCGGAGGAAGCCGAAGCGCUUGAACAGUCAGCAAGGCUCGAUCGACUCUACAGCAGCCGCCAAAACAUCCCCUGAGACCGGUGUCGAGGUGGCUACCCCUCAGCCAGUGCUUUGGGAUGGGGAGGAAGACACCUUAAGGUAUGACAACAAGGGGCGACCUUUGCGCUUGAAAAGGCCGCCAAAGAGACUGCUGGAGGAGAUGGAAGGGGGCGCCGACAGUGCGACAGGCGCGAAGAAGACCAAGCAAGAGGCUCGCUUGCCGGCGCCGACUUCGACAGACACACCUUCCAACUUCGAUGAUGAUGCCUCCACACCGAAGCUUCACGGGUCACAACGCCAGAAGAAGAGAGCAAAUCUGGUACGCAAGUUGUCCGCCCCGAACGAGCACGGCAUUGUUGUCGAAGAAGCGGAGAACGCUGGAUCUGCUCCCCUUAGCCUCUCAAAGCGGCGCCGUGCCCCGAGGAAGACCUGUAACGACAAGAAAAUAUCGAAGCACGUCCUGGAGCUUCUGGGCAUUCCAGUUGCAAACUUACCGAGCUCGACGAAAGCCGGCGGGAAGAGUAGCGAUAAGCCUACUCCCAUCACCAAACGAAAGAAGAUCGAAACAUACCCAGAGCCACCAUCGGCGACGACUGCGGAGCAGUGUGCAACGGCGUGUCCGUUUACGCCCACGGAAGUUGCUGAAGCAACAUCCAAGACCGAUGAUCUGCUACCGGUCAGGGUGUCUGGCAUUCGAUCAAGUGUGUUUACUUCGGUCAUGCGGAUCGUCUCUGGUGUUUGCCCGCUCCAACCCUCACCGAGGUUGGACCGGCUCUGCCGGCCCUCUGUGGCACCGCCCGUAUGGGCACAGACAGGAGCUGUGCGAGACGCUGCCGUACUACCGCGCCUUCCAAUCGGGGAUGUACAUGUACAGGGGCGUCGCUUACGGAUACCUGCUCGACGGAUAUCCGACACCGCGAGACAUUUGGGCGGACGACGGAAGGGUCAUCGUUUCACAUGGGCAGCUCGAACGUUCGAUGGGCGGGGCCGGGAAUACGUGACUUUAUCAGCGGAUCACACGCCACGGGACGCUCGAAUAGCCACACUGUUAAUGGCGGCUCAGAGAAGGUAUCCUCUGAUUCUCAUCGCUGGCGACGGCUACGCACUCCUGCCCUGGGAUCUAGGCUGCACGUAUGCAGUACUUGGAUGCAGGUACUGGGUCUCGGCGGCUUGGUACGAACCCGAAGCAUGUGCCCCAGGAGUCAAGGCACCCCCUGGACGCGACUACUUCCGUCGACUCAAGGUGCGGUUCGACUGGGUGCAAGCGCAAGGCACACCGUGGUGGUUGGAGAGGAGUGGAACGAGCUGGAAUCCGCCAAGCGACAGGCAGCAACCUAAGACGCAGCCAAGCCCGGACUGCACAAGAUUUCAAGACAGCAUUACGCCAGUGGAGGCUUCGAUCGAUCGGUCCGCCCGAGUCCAGGCUGUCGAUGCACUUGCGACGACGGUGGUGAAGGGACCUGGUGGUAGAGACAUCAUCGAUCUGCCCACCCCUCCCUUGACUCCCGAAGUUAACAUUAGCGAAGGCGAGCUGCAGGAGGCACUGUGGCACGGCACAUUCACUUCCGAGGAUAGUGAGCGAGAGCGUGUUCUUGCUGGGAAAUAUGCGAGCCCCUGUUUGCUGCGCGAGUCUGAGCCUGGGUCCGGAUCUCUCAUGGAUAGUUUCGCUCGGAAGCCAGGGUCGCUUACUCCACCUCCUCAUCUGUACGACGAGGGAUGGACAUGUCUCAACAUCGACUGCGAUCGGUACUGGCUGCUCGAAACGCCAACCGGGUUGUGGCCGAUCCCGCCUGGAAUGGCGUUACGUUAUCGCCCAACCUUCCUGAAGAAUGUACCCACACCCAACGAGGCGCAAACGGUGCCCUACAGUGUGGCACCGGAGCCUCCUCUGACCAGAGCGCAAGAAGCCGGGACUAGAAGUCUGUGGCGGGGUUGGGUGUGCGAGUGUGGACGUGCCAACUGCCGAUACCGAUGGGAGGUCUGCGAGUGUAGAUCGUGUGGCAGGCAGACUGGGAGGCUUGGCGAAGCCGACAUGCUCUUAGCUUCAGAGGUCUGUCGCCCUCGCGACGAUGUGGUCGGGGAGCAGGACGAGUCUGCGCUUCAUAUGGAACUGCGACGCGUAGCCGGUGCCACUGUUGCGUCCUACGAGCUGCCCAACGCGGGGAAGGUGCACCACGUCUUGCACGACGCCAACGCCGUGGACCAAAUCUGGGAAGGCUACCAGCGAUCAGCGAUCGAGACGACCGAGCCACUGUUCCAGCGUCGCGCUCUCAAGUCAAAGGCACUCAAGGGUGACCUGCUGUCUCAGCAGUACGCGAUCAACUCGGGUGCCAGUUACAAGUACAUUGUGGAGACGCUGAGCUACUCGUUCGAGGAGAGCCCUCGGUGUGUGACGGAGGCAUUAGUGUUCAUCAAGCAGAGCGUGACUCGCGUACUGGGCACACAGGUGGACUUCAACGAGAUCCUGUCGGUGACGUACCGGGAGGGCCAGAAGAUGGCCUGGCACGACGAUGGCGAGCCAGGUCUGGGACCGGUGGUCGCCGCCCUAUCACUCGGGGCAUCGGCGACAAUGUCGUUCCGCCCGAAGACCCGGACGUCGAGCAAGAGCCAGAACCACAUGAAGGCAGUCAAGCAGGAGCGCACAAAGGACGGUCCAGGGGGUGGGAGUGUCCUGAACCUGACAUUGAGCCACGGGGACGUGGUGAUCAUGGAAGGGCGCCAGAUCCAGCACAUGUACCACCACCGCGUGAUCCCGACAGGUCUGCGCGCAGCAGCGACGGCACGCGUGAUCAGAGAAGAGUAA